AUGACAGAGGUCGAUUCUGCCGAUUUCACCAAGGUAGAAUCGACGGAGUCUUCUCCGCCGUUGAAGACAGAUCCGAAAGAGGUCUCCGAUGCUGAGGCGGCAGAGGACACAGCAGAUAAGCGAAUUCUCCGAGCUGGAGAUGGCAAGGAUCCGGAAUAUGUGAGACAGCGAAAGGUGUAUACGGAGCAGUUUCAAAAGAGCGAGGGUUACGAUGUGGACUGGGAUAGCUUCGAGUACGACUUCGCUGCCGUCAAAUUCGAAUGGGGAGGAGAAUUCGAUGAUGUGAUGAGCAAUAAAGAGUUAAUGGGUUUGCUCAUAAAGACUGCCAUCGACGAAGAGAACGAAGAAUCUGGAACAGAACUUGUGUUUGUCAAGUACGUGAGUGCCAAUGUAAUGGGCGUCCAAGGUUUUCUGUUUUACAUAACCUUUUGGGCCAAAGAUGUAUCAGAGCCAAAUCCAGAGCCAAAGCUUUACCAAGCAAAGGUGCGAACGUUCAUGGAUAAGAUCAAGGCCCCCAUAACCCUGAGCACGGCAGUGCCAUACCUAGUAGGGAAUCCGGGGAUUGAUAUUCCUCCUUCGAAGACACAAAAGAUAGUUCGUGGAAAGUUCAUAGGGAUAUUAAUACUCAGUGUUAUGCUCAUCGGAGGAGUAUGCUUAGCUGUGUACAGAGAGAUGAGAUUGAUAGAGAUGAAGCCGUUAGUAGACGAGGUCGUGGAUGUUGAGAACAGAGUCUAUAUGUUGGGGAUUCUCAGGGAAGUUACAGAAGACUUUAGGAAUCGCAACGUCCUCUGGAGAGGCGGGUUUGGAUCGGUUUACAAGGGUAGACUGCGGAAUGGCACAUAG